GGUAUUUCUCCAAUUUUUUUCUCUAUAUAAAUUCAAACAACUGCUCCCUAUGCAUUAAACCAAACUCCUCUAUUUCAGUUCCACCAUGAUGCAUCCCAUUUUGUUGCUUGGACUUCUGAUAGUAGCUUACUUUAGUGGUUCUCAAGCUGAAAAUACAUUCUCACAAUACUGGAAAGAGCAUAUAGCUAUUUCACAUCCUCCACAUUGGUUAGUUGCAAAGGCUUCUCCAUUGAGUUCCCAUCAAGCAUUAGUUUAUAUGAAACUUAUGGAGAAAAAUGAAUUAGCUUUCCACCUGCCUUCAUUUUGUAAGCAGGCUAAUGUUGCUUGUUCUACAAAUUUACUAAUGAAUAAAGCAAAGGACUACACAAGCCUACCACCAAUAGCACAGUGGAAUGAUAUCAAACUGAAGUAUGAACAUGUUCCAAGUGCAGUACCCCUUUCAGUUGCCAGCCAAGGAGGAUUACCAUAUUUUCGUGAAUCAAUGGUGAAAAAGGGAGGUUUCAUGCUUGUCCCUGAUCUAAGGGACCCAAUGUCAUACAGAUCAUUCUUGCCGCGAUUUCUGGCAUCAAAAAUCUCAUUUUCUUUUGAUCAUAUCAAAAAUUUAAAGAAUCUUUUUGGUGUGGUGGAUGAAUCAAACAUGGAUGAAUAUAUUCAGGAGACUGUCAAUAUAUGUGAUGAAAAAAGUUCGAUUCUAGGCAUGCAAAGCAUUUGUGUGACUUCCGCCGAGGAUCUCAUUGAUUUUGUUGUCAAGAAAUUAGGGCACCAUGUUCACGGAUGGAGUACUGAGAAUGUUGAGGGAUCUUAUGAGAAUGUCACAAUUGGAGCUAUGAAACUCAUCUAUGGCAACCUCUUUGAACCACCUGCCUUAUGUCAUAGUCUACCCUUUCCAUUUCAAGUCUAUUAUUGCCAUGUUUUACGAAAAGUAAAACUAUAUGCAGUUGAUAUACAUGCUCAAAGGAAAGUGAAUCAUGCCAUAAUGGCAUGCCAUUAUGACACAUCAACUUGGAAUCGAAGCCAUCUUGCUUUCAAGUUGUUGGGUUUUGGCCCAGGCCUAAUUGAAGUUUGUCAUUGGAUAAAUGAGAAUGGAGUGGUUUGGACAAAGACUCUAAGUUGAGCAUUAUUUGAAGAUUUAAUUAUCUUCUAGUUCUCUUGUCUGUAAUAUCUGCUAUUAAUACCAUUUGAAAGGAUAAAUAAUGAUCUGAUUUGGCUUCCUUAUUA